UUAUGUCAUUAGAAACAAAGACUUUGAUGCGUACUCUGCAUCUUCAGAUUAUUUAUAUAUUACCUGCUGGCGGCUGAAUGACAAGUACAGAUGCUAAAGAAAAAGAGUCUGGGGAAUUGAAAUCAUCCACGUGUUAAACGUACUGCAUAAAUUGCCUUCUUUCGUAUCCUCGUCGCAUAACCUAAACAUUUUUCUCGAGGAAAUGAAGAUCCGCGCAGAUUUAUGAGCGGACGCUGCAGUGAAGACCUACAGAAAGCCGUCACGAAUGCUCUGCAUCACAUUACAACAGUAAAAUAUGUCAGCGUUUCAGAUGUUUAUGGAGAAUCCUGAUGAUGUCUAUGGCGUUUGUGACGGAGGGAUGACGGCGCCCUCCUCCAUGGAUUUUUUGCAUUUUAACAGGAGUUUGGUUGAGGUUUCUUGUGGACGUGACUCUUCGAUCCAUGCAGACGGCUGUUCUUCUGUCAUAAAUCAUGUAUUUUAUCAGGAACAACAGGAAGUUUGGACCGGUUGGACAUGCUUGAGUCCAACGGAAGAGUUUCACAGCACUCGGAACGGACAAAUAUGGGAAGAAAGGUUCCACAGUUCAGUCACGGAUAGAUCCGUUGAUCUGAAGCCCGGUUUAAACGCGAACCGGUUUACCUGCCGGUGGCUGGAGCGGUGCGCAGGUGCUCCACAGUGCUGUAAGAGAACCUACUGCACAAUGAAGGAGCUCAUCUCUCAUCUGAAAGCGGAGCAUGUUAAUCUGUCAGGACAAUCCGGUUACGUUUGUUUGUGGGAAGACUGUUCUCGUCAGAGGAAUCCGUUCAAGGCCAAGUACAAACUGAUCAAUCACCUAAGAGUGCACACGGGAGAAAAGCCCUUCCGGUGCCCUUUCGGAUGUGGAAGAGCAUUCGCGCGCGCGGAAAACCUGAAGAUUCACGAAAGGACGCAUACAGGUGAAAAACCUUUCAGAUGCCCUUUUGAGGCCUGUGAAAGGCGUUUUGCGAACAGCAGUGAUAAACAAAAGCACAUACGUGUCCACGCAGCGGAGAAACAGUAUAUUUGCAUGCACUGCAGUAAAUCAUAUUCUCAUGGGAGCUCCCUCAGAAAACAUGCAAAGGUCCACCAGCCAGUCAUGGAAUCUACUCAGAACUACAAUUACGGCAACAAGCAUCCAAAAAAGAUCCAAGCCUUCGAAUAGUAUUUUAAGGUGUGCCUUAGAGCAAAAUUGAGCAUGUUUUUCAUCAUAAUAAAAUCAGAAGUAUCAGCAUGUGAGAAAGGAGCUCCACAGCUCUGAAACUCAUAGCAGUUGUAUAAUUUAAUAAUUUAAACAAGAAAAACUAUUGGUGAGUAAUUUAUUAUAUACCAGUUGAUUUUAUUUUACAUGAUUUUAGUGUUUUGCUUUUUUACAGAACAAACAUAACCACAAUAACAAAGAAAAGAAAACAUAAUUACAAUAAUAAAAUAUAAAUUAAAAUAUAAUACCCUAUGACAGAACCCUGAGAGAAAAAUGCAUACAAAGGCAAAUUAAACUUAACUGGUCAGGUAAUGCAUAAUCAGGAUACAAAUUCAUAGAAAUCAUUGUAAUGAUUUUAUUUAUAAUAAAUGUAAGUGAACAGUCUUUAAAAAAUUCCCAUUUCUAGUCUGUGGAGGAUAAAUAAUAUAUUAAUACACAUAAAUAUUGACACCCAAAAACAAUGUGUUAUUGUAAUUAUGUUAGUAAAUAUUGUACAUUUCACGAGACAGCAGUCACGGCACAAUAUAAUAUACAGACAUAGUCAUAAAUAUGAAAUAUGAAACUCUAAACGCAAGUGUUAACAAUGUUUUAAUACAAAAUCAUCUACAUUUUGUAGUUGUCUUGUAAAGUGAUUUAUGUUCAAUUGAAGUGUAAUAAAACAUUAAACACU